AUGGCAGACUCGACUGGCGAAGUCAAGACGGUUGUUGGUGCUGAGCUUACGGGAUAUAUUCACAAGCAUAAAUUGGCACAAUUUCUGAAGGAUUUAUUUGGGAAGGAAAUCAAGGUUUUUCUCAAAUCAGACCGUUUCUUCUUUUACGCUCCGCGUAAGAUGGAAAAGGACGAGCUUGACAGUGGCGUUAUGAGUGAAAUAUCACUGGAUGGCGGACGGAACGCCUUGCAUUCAACCCGUGCCCAAAAAGCGCACAGCACAGCCUCGCCAUCUCAGACGGUCUCAGUUUUCAACAUUCUCAGCUCAAACAGGAAUUCAGCUACUGAUCAAUUUUUUGACUCUAUUCUGUAUAUCCUCACGAUGAGUGACGAAAAAUCCCUCUCCGAAGGCACGAAGCGUGGUCUAGAUGAUGAAUUUGCUUUCAACGGUUGGCGACAAUAUCCUGAAAACGUCAUUCUUGAGCCUGCUGCUGUGAAUAUUCAAUCUUAUAAAGAUAGAUUAUCGAGGUGCCGUUCUAGAAUAUUUUCUGAAGACUCCUUGGAUUUGGAGGUGGCAAUCACAGAUUUGAGAGGUGACGAUCAGCGUAGAGCAGUCUCGCAUGACAUUUACACGGAUUCUCAAUGUGUAGAGAAUCAUUUGGAAUAUGAAGAAGUACCCAAUACAAGAAUAAUAUCACUACACAGCCAAACUUCGUUAGACCCCGUUAAAAUUACGGAAGAAUGCAUGCUCAAAAUUUGCACCCAUUACUCCAUUGGGGGAGAAUUUCUAGACUUGCUUUUGGCACUGGGGAAUAAGCCAAAGGACUCUGAUGCUGGUCUUGGUAGGACGUCAGUGACAUAUCGACCAGAUGGAUCAUAUGGUAAAAACAUAGACUUCAUGUCGCUCAAAGGAAAUUUGUUGACAGUCGCAACAGACAUUUGCUAUAUGAUGGUAUACAUAGAAGAAACUUCGGGAAAAAGAACAGCUUCAUGGCCAGUUCGUCAGACUGUGGUAUUUCACAGAUUUACACCCAACUCGGACGGAAAUCUCUGGAUUCUGAUCCAUCCGAUGCCAAACUCCAUUUUACAACAACGAUUACAGACCCUUAUCUUGGGUGAAAGCAAUUUUACAAACUCCUCCGGUUGCGCGAAACUACAUCUUCUUGCUUUAUCCUCUUAUAUUGAAAACUGGCGGUGGUAUCUCAAAGCGUUAAGCGACGAAUUUGAAGAAAUUGCGGAUCAGGCUCUCACGCUCGAGUUUUCGAGACCCGAAGAUUAUAAGGAUGGUUAUAAAACAUUGACGCAACUGCAAUAUCUCCAAGAGAGGCUGUUUCCUCUCAAGGCUAGGUUUGAAACAUCCCACUCUGUCGUGUGCAGCUUGAUGGAACUGGCCGAUAAAUUCUACGCGGAGGGUCAUUACGAUGAGACGCUCCGUCAGGCUUUUUCGAAUAAUCUAAGGAACUUUGCUUCGAAGUAUCAAGGACAUAGCACUAGUUCGGAUCUUCUUGUUUCUAGAGUAUCUGGAUUGAUAAAAUUGCUUUCUGUCACGUUGAACUUGAAGAAUCAAGCAACAUCUGUGGACAUCAAUCAUAACAUGCUUACCUUGACAAAAGACACUGUCGACGAUAGUGCAACAGUGCGAGUUGUAACACUUGUGACCUUGAUAUAUCUACCUGCCAGUUUUAUUUCGUCUUUACUUGGAAUGAAUUUAUUCUCAUAUACCGGCAGAAAUGGAGACGGCUUUGAAAUUUCAAAUCAAUUCUGGAUAUUUAUCGCUCUAUCCGUGCCAUUAACUAUCCUGACCGUAGGAUCAUGGUCCUAUAUUUCUUACAAACGCCGCAGAAACAAAGCGCUCCAAAAUCUAGCGCUGAAGGAGCAACACCCAGGAGUCGAAGUGUAG